AUGAAGGGUAGCACAGUGACACUGUGUACAGAACAAUACUUCUGCUGGAAGGACCGGGGAUCUGGAAAUGUUGAUGAUGACCUGAUCAUCUUCCCUGAUGACUGUGAGUUCAAGAAGGUGAGCCAGUGUACCACUGGGCGUGUGUUUGUGCUCAAGUUCAAGGCUGGAUCCAAGAGGCUGUUCUUCUGGAUGCAGGAGCCUAAAUCGGACAAGGACGAGGAGUAUUGCCGUAAGGUGAAUGAGUACCUGAACAACCCUCCCAUGCCUGGAACACUGGGCAGUGGAGGCAGUAGCAGCCACGAGCUGUCUGCUCUAGGAGGUGAGGGUGGCCUGCAAAGCCUCCUGGGUAACAUGAGCCACACACAGCUGAUGCAGCUGAUUGGACCAACUGGUCUGGGAGGACUUGGUGGUCUAGGGGCCCUAGCAGGACCAGGUCUCGCCAGUCUGUUAGGCAGUGGAGGCCCUGCUACCAGCUCCUCAUCCUCCAGCUCCCGUAGUCAGUCUGCGGCCGUCACCCCCUCCUCCGGUUCCACCACCACCCGGAUCAGUUCGACCGUGGCCCCCACCACUCCAGUUACCCCUGCUGCCACCUCCGCUGCCUCCCCCACUGUCACCCCCACCACUCCUGCUGCCCAGACCCCCGUCGUGCCGGCAGCCGUCGGCUCCCCCACCCAGCCCAUCCAGCUCAGCGACCUGCAGAGUAUCCUGGCCACUAUGAACGUACCGGCCAUGUCUGCUGCCGUCGCCGUGCAGGGAGGUGACGUGGACCUGGCCAGUGUGUGUACCCCGGAGAUCAUGGCUCCUAUCCUGUCUAACUCUGAGGUACAGCAGAGGCUCCUACCCUACCUGCCCUCGGGAGAGUCUCUACCUCAGAGUGCAGAAGAGAUCCAGAACACACUCACCUCGCCACAGUUCCAACAGGCGAUGAGUAUGUUUAGCAGUGCCUUGGCAUCAGGACAGCUCGGACCUCUCAUGAACCAGUUUGGUCUGCCCUCUGCGGCUGUUGAUGCAGCAAACAAAGGAGAUGUGGAAGCGUUUGCCAAAGCCAUGGAAGGGACUGACAAGGAUAAAGACAAGAAGGACGAUGAUGAGGACAUGAGCCUGGAUUAGAAGAUCUGACCUGGAGUCUCUUGACACACGUCCUUCUGUUACUCACCGUUAGUCUGGAGUGUUGCCUCAACGAAUAUUUAGCAUUUCUCAAGAUGCAUCUUUACAGAAAAAUGCAUGUGCCAACGAAUCAAUCGUCUUUGAAUAGCUUGUGUGUAUGUCUUCAAUGCAUUUACGUUAACAUUAAAUUAAUAAAAUUAUCAA